AUGGCCCCCCAAGAAGUUGGUAAUGCAGAACCUGGGAAAGCCUCAGCAGGUUGUCCCCCAGCAAGCCAGGCGGAAUCAGUGUUGAUAGAUAACUCUGUCUACCAGCCCACUGAUGAAUUGCAAAAUCACCAGAAGAAACUACAAGCCCUUGGGGCCAUCCAGAUCCUGAAUGGAGCAACGAUUCUGGUCCUGGGUGUUUUUCUAGGUUCUUUACAAAACCUAUUCCAUCUCUUCAGUCAGUUUUUCUUUAUCUUCUAAGCCUAUCCACUGUGGGGUCCUAUAUUUUUCAUUGUUUCAGGAUCCUUAUCUGUUGCAGCUGGGAGAAAACCCACAAGAGUGUUGGUGCAAAUCGCUUUUGGAAUGAGUAUUGCCAGCACUGCUCUGGAUCUAGUUGGGUUUGUUUUCCUCUCAGUAAAUUUGGCAGUUAAUAAGCAGUCUUUCAAGAGUUGUGAGUCUUCACAGUCACAGGACUUAGGCAUUUUCGUGGGCAUCUUUUCAAACGGCCUGAUGUCCCUAAUGCUGAUCCUUACCUUGCUGGAAUUAUGCAUAAGCAUCUCUGUCUCAGCCAUGUGAUGCAUAGAAAGCUCACGUAAUUUGAUUAAGUUGGGUUUGUUUCCAUGA